AAACAUGUGGCAGAGUCAUGGGUUCAAAUACGUGUACGCAGAUCAAACGGCAAUGAUUUCCAAAGCUGCUCCCUCAUUUAGGGGUCACCACAGGAAGUAAUCAUAAUUUAUCCUGUUCAAUGACUCAGGAACUGGAACAUUUCACCCCAGACACCUUGGUGGUCUUGAGAUUUCUUUGCACCCCCCCCAGAGAUUCAGGACAAUGUGCACCCCCACACAGCCUCCUCCAUUUGGUACGCACUGAUUCAAAAACAACACUUCGUGAAGGGGAGCAAUUCUCAAAGUGGUGCUUCUUCCUCAUCUCAUUGGCGACCACUUAUUCCACAUGGGACGGUGGGUUGAUUGGUUUUUAUAAUUAAAAAAGAAAACACCCAGACUGCUCUUUGCUGCCAUGCAUGUCUUGUCUGUCCUGCAUUUGUAAUCCUGCUCCCUGCAAAACGAAUCCGCUGGACUGGUGCCUUUCCAAUUGAGACGCAAGAAGCAUAGAGACAAGCCUGCAACAUACACCGGGUUUGAUCAUUUAAACAAACAAACGGGGAGCGAAAACAAACGCUUUCGAUCCCGCGCAAGUUGCAUGUAAGUGACGAGUCCUCCUGGAGCGGGGCAGACGAGAUGGGAUACCCGGGUAGAGCAGACAGAGGAUGGGGAGGAUGGACGCUGCUGGUGUGGGUCGCCGCCGUCAGCAGUCUGAUCUCAGCUGCAGACGCCCGGAAGCUGAAGCAGCCCAGAUGUCCUCCAGGAUGUAUCUGCACCAAAGAUAAUGCCCUGUGCGAGGAUGUCCAGUCGGUGCCCCACAUUUUUCCCCCGGACGUCGUCUCACUAUCAUUCGUCAAGUCUGGAUUCAACGAAAUCUCCGGAGGAAGCUUCGUUCACACGCCUGCCCUUCAGCUGCUGUUAUUCACAGCAAACUCAUUUGACCUCAUUGAUGAAGAUGCGUUUCUGGGUUUACCACACCUGGAAUACUUAUUUAUUGAAAACAACAAAAUUACAUCAAUAUCCUCAUUCGCUUUCCGGGGCUUAAAAACACUGUUACAUCUGAGUCUCGCCUACAACAAUCUUGAGACGCUGCCAAAAGAUGUCUUCAAAGGCAUGGAUGCUUUGACCAAAGUUGAUCUACGGGGUAACAACCUGAUAUGUGACUGUAAGCUCAAAUGGCUGGUAGAGUGGAUGCAUCAAACCAAUGCCACUCUGGAUGACAUCUACUGCAGUGGUCCACCAGUAAACCAGGGCAAGAGACUGAAUGACCUGCUGCCACACUCCUUUGACUGUAUCACAACAGGUAACUCACUGAAGUUCGAGUCCAUUUCAGUGGAGGCCUUCACCUUUGGUAAAGACCAAUAUGUUGUGUUUCCGCAACCGUUUGCUGGGACGUGCAGCUUCCUGGAAUGGGAUCAUGUGGAGAUGACCUUCAGACCCUUUGAAACUAUUGAAAGCACCUCCACCGUGGUCUGCAAGCCAAUGGUGAUCGACAACCAACUCUUUAUCAUCGUGGCCCAGUUGUUCGGCGGCUCGCACAUUUACAAGCGCGACGUCUCCGCGAACAAGUUCAUCAAGAUCCAAGACAUCGACAUACUGAAGAUACGCAAGCCCAACGACGUGGAGACGUUCGUGAUUGACGGAGAGUCUUUCUUUGUCAUCGCCGACAGCUCUAAGGCUGGAUCCACAACCGUGUACAAAUGGAACGGCAACGGCUUCUACUCCCACCAGUCGCUGCACCCGUGGUACAGGGACACAGAUGUGGAAUAUUUGGAGAUUUCCCACAAACCACAUCUGAUCCUGUCGAGCAGCUCCCAGAGGCCCGUAGUGUACCAGUGGAACAGGGGCCAGAAGCAGUUUGACCGCAGGACUGACAUACCGGAUAUGGAAGACGUCUUUUCUGUCAAACACUUCCGGGUUAAAGGUGAUCUGUUUAUAUGCCUGACAAGAUUCAUCGGGGACUCCAAGGUGAUGCGUUGGGAUGGUGCCAUGUUCAAGGAGGUCCAGACAUUUCCCUCUCGCGGCUCAAUGGUGUUCCAGCCUGUCACCAUCGACAAAUGGCAGUAUGCCAUCUUGGGAAGUGAUUACUCACUGACCCAGGUCUACCAAUGGGAGCCUAAGAGAGGGGUGUUUGUUCCAGCCCAAGAGUUGAAUAUCCAGGCACCCAGGGCAUUUGCUUUGGUCACCAUAGAUGACCGGGUAUUUCUGUUUGCAUCCAGCUUUAAGGGGAAAACUCAAAUUUAUGAACACUUAAUGAUUGAUUUGAGUACUUAAACUCAUGGCCAGGGUAGGGAACAUCCUUCAUUUCGACUCAAUGGUUUUUUUUUUUUCGUUUGAUUUUCUUAACAUUCACACUAAGCCUACUAGCAACGUUAUAGGUAAGAAUACUGUAUUAUUACGUUGGGCUGGGUUUUUUUAAUUAGUUAAAAUGUUUACUGUGUCUGGGACAACACUAAAAUGUGUGGUAAUGUGCUGCAGUUACAGUAUUUCCUGGAAAUUAAGCCACAACCAAUCACUGGAAGUGUCUACAGUAUAU